ACCUAGAAUUAGAAAAAAGCCAGAUCUAGAUCUAGCUUUAACGAGAGAGCGUCUUCAUACACGUCCUCUGUCUUCGUUCUUCCUUUUCUGCAAAUUUUUCUUCCCCCCGAAACGAAAAUGAGGGAAUGCAUCUCGAUCCACAUUGGUCAAGCUGGUAUCCAGGUCGGAAACGCCUGCUGGGAGCUUUACUACCUUGAACAUGGCAUUCAGCCUGAUGGACAGAUGCCGAGUGACAAGACUGUUGGAGGAGGUGACGAUGCUUUCAACACCUUCUUCAGUGAAACUGGCGCUGGGAAGCACGUUCCUCGCGCUGUCUUCGUCGACCUUGAGCCCACCGUGAUCGACGAGGUCAGGUCCGGUACUUACCGUCAGCUUUUCCACCCUGAACAGCUCAUCAGCGGUAAAAAAGACGCUGCUAACAACUUCGCCCGUGGCCAUUACACCAGUAAGUUAUACUUCUCCAUCAGCACAAACCCAACAACUUUUAAAGCUACUCCUCAGCCCAAGCCCAUUGGGCUUGUGUUGGAGAUUGUUGAUCUGUGUUUGGACCGUAUCAGAAAGCUUGCUGAUAACUGCACUGGUCUCCAAGGAUUCCUUGUCUUCAACGCUGUUGGUGGAGGAACUGGAUCUGGUCUGGGUUCUCUUCUCCUUGAGAGACUCUCUGUGGACUAUGGGAAAAAUUCCAAGCUUGGUUUCACUGUUUACCCAUCUCCACAGGUCUCUACAUCUGUUGUUGAGCCGUACAACAGUGUCCUCUCCACUCACUCUCUCCUGGAACACACUGAUGUCUCUAUCCUCCUCGACAAUGAAGCUAUCUACGACAUCUGUAGACGUUUCUUAAACAUUGAGAGGCCAACCUACACCAACCUUAACCGUCUCGUUUCUCAGGUUAUCUCUUCAUUGACUGCUUCUCUAAGGUUCGAUGGUGCCUUGAACGUGGAUGUCACUGAGUUCCAGACCAACUUGGUCCCAUACCCAAGAAUCCACUUCAUGCUUUCUUCCUACGCACCAGUCAUCUCUGCUGAGAAGGCCUUCCACGAGCAACUCUCUGUCGCUGAGAUCACCAACAGUGCGUUCGAGCCAGCUUCCAUGAUGGCUAAGUGUGACCCACGUCACGGGAAAUACAUGGCUUGCUGUUUGAUGUACCGUGGUGAUGUCGUCCCCAAGGAAGUCAACGCAGCUGUCGGAACCAUCAAGACCAAACGUACCAUCCAGUUCGUUGACUGGUGUCCUACUGGAUUCAAGUGCGGUAUCAACUACCAGCCGCCAACUGUUGUUCCUGGAGGAGACCUCGCGAAAGUGCAGAGAGCUGUGUGUAUGAUCUCCAACUCGACGAGUGUCGCUGAGGUGUUCUCGAGGAUUGAUCACAAGUUCGAUCUCAUGUACGCGAAACGUGCGUUCGUUCACUGGUAUGUGGGUGAGGGUAUGGAGGAAGGGGAGUUCUCUGAGGCUCGUGAGGAUCUUGCUGCGUUGGAGAAGGAUUAUGAGGAGGUUGGUGCCGAAGGUGGUGAUGAUGAAGAUGACGAAGGUGAGGAGUACUAAGAAGUUGAAGAAUGUUUUGAAUAAAAAUGGAUGUUGUGUGUUUCUGUUAUCCUUUUGUGUGUUGCGUGAAUGGGCUCGAAACACUCUUGUGACGAGUCUUUAGUUUGUGUUUUCUCGAAACUACAAUUUCAUGUCUUUCUGGUGUUUUGAGUUUCUACUAUGGUUUUAAUCUUACUCGAUUUGUGUGUUAAAUCUCGUUCUUGUUCCAUCCAACUAUUUGUUGUGAUUCAUA